AUGCCCAUCCCAAACAGACAGAUCAUCUACGCCAAUACGCCCUCCCCGGCCAUCGAUCCCUCGUUGACAAAUGGAACCUUCAAGCUCAACACAACCUCCAUCCCCGACCAGAUCCCCAAUGACAAAGUCCUCGUUCGCGUGCACUACCUCUCCCUCGACCCGGCCAUGCGCCAAUGGCUCACAGCAAAACGCUCAUACAUUGCCCCCGUUGAGCGCGGCAGCGUCAUGCGCGGCCAGAGCAUCGCACAGGUGGUCGCGGUCGGGAGCGGACUACAGUCCCAAUACAAGGUCGGCGACUGGGUCGUCGCCUACUCCGGGUGGCAGGAGUAUUGUCUGCUGGGGCCCAAGGAGGCCCAGAAGGUGGUCGUCCCUCCCGGCUGCCAACCCACCGACGCCAUGUCGGUGCUCGGAAUGACGGGGUUGACUGCCUACUUUGGCAUGACGGAGGUCGGGCAGCCGAAACCUGGCGACACCGUCGUUGUGUCUGGUGCCGCCGGCGCGACGGGCAUGGUCGCCGGACAGAUUGCCAAGGUCAAGGGAGCCAAGCGGGUCGUCGGCAUUGCGGGCAGUGCCGACAAGUGCGAGUUCCUGGUCAAAGAGCUGGGAUUCGAUGUGGCCAUCAACUACAAGGACAAGGACUGGAAGAAGCAGUUGAAGGAGGCUACACCGGAGUACAUCGAUGUGUACUUUGACAAUGUCGGAGGUGAAAUCCUCGAUGCUUGUCUCGCGCGGGCCCAGAGAGACUCUCGGUUCGUGAUCUGCGGUGCUAUCAGCCAGUACAACUCGGCCAAGCCCCAGGGGCCUACGAGCUUCAUGAACGUCAUUUCGCAACGAGUUACAAUGAAGGGUUUCAUUGUGUUUGACUAUGCGAAGAAGUAUGACAUUGCCUUGAAGGAUCUCUCAACAUGGUUGUCACAGGGUAAGAUCAAGCGCAAGGAGCAUAUCAUCCGGGGUGGAUUGGAAGCGGCGCCUCAGGGUCUGGUGAACCUUUACGAAGGCGCCAAUACCGGCAAGAUGAUGGUCGAGGUGGCACCUGCUAGUGAGGCUAUUGGAGCCAAGGCCAAGCUGUAA